AUGAAGAAUUCCCGGCACUGGCAGUUGCAGGAGAUGGGGCGCAAAGCUCGCAUGUUUUUCUGCAAGGCCGCUGUCCUAUCCCGCAAGAAGAAGGUUGCAUACGUCCACCGUCUACCCGUCGAACUUAUACUCCGGAUUUUCGGGUACCUCUCUUUCUCGACGGAAAUGUGGUUCGACCAACGCGACAUGACUCUGGGGGACUUGCUCGUAUGGGGCGACAAUUACCCGGGUGCUCAUCUGGAAACAUGUUCUCGGUGGCGCGACAUCAUCUGGACGAACUCCUAUCGCAAGAACCACCUUCUUGUCCGUGUUGGAAGUACGCCCACGUCACUCACCUAUGUCCGGUCAUUCCUCGAUACUUCUGCCGGGAAGCCCAUCUCCGUCUAUGUCGUGCAAAAUGGUUUGGUCAGCUGUGACAUCGAGCGUCGUAGAAGCAACAUGCUCAUGGAGGUGUUGCUACCAUCCUUGGAUCGCAUUGAGGCCCUGGAAUUCUUCACCCACGACGUAAACGGACUCCCGCACAUUGGGCGUCAGUUCUGUGGUUUCGCUCCCCAGCUCGAGCGUCUGUCGUUCAUCUGUCGACGAGAUGAUUUACAGCGUCAUCAUGAAGGGUCUCUUGUCGACGACCAGCCUGCAUCUAUGGUGCCUCUGCUAUUUCCAUCGCUGAGAUAUGUUACACUCGCCGGUAGCUCCUUUGAGCAGGCCGUACGACGAGACUCAACCUGUCUAUUGGCUUGUAACUCGAUCACUAUAGGAGGAUAUCUUUCUUACGGACCGGAUAGGCAUCUGCUGCGCACGAGUCUCCUUCAAACUCUCAGGAUAUCCGAGUCUUUGACAACGCUCAUCAUCGAUGCGGUCGAUUGUAGCGUCGAUGCUUCUGUUCUACAGCCGGCAGAUUUUUGCUUUAGGUCUUUACAGGAGCUCGACCUUCGAUACCUUGGUGCCGAUGCCGUGAAGUGCUUCAGCCGCCUUUCAAGUACGCAGCGGCUUUCGGUGAUUUUGCGGAGCUGCAAUAUUUCUUGGGAGACGAGUUUCCCUGAGGCUUGGUCUGUGACAUUCCAGGACGUCGAUAAGGGAUUCAACGUCUAUGAUGCAGUGGCGAGUUGUAAAAAUGCUAGGGAACUUGCGUUUGACGACUGCGCUAUAUUCGACAGGAGCCUCCUCUUGGCACUCUCUCUGAACGCGGACGAUGCAGUGGGUCAUCCUGAGCAGCUUGACUGCCCUCACCUUGAGUCGCUGUCGAUCCGGGAUUGUCAAGAUUAUAGCAUCGAAAAUUUGACGAGAGUUAUCUCGAAGCGCAUGAACGUAGGUACUAACUUUAAGCUAAAGCGACUCCAUGUGGCCGGCUCUGCACCUGCCACUUCGGAUUUGAGGGACUUCAUAAAACUUUCGCUUUGCGUGUUUGACCUGGUCUGGUCCGGGGCUCGACUCAAGUUUCGAAUGAAGGAUGGCAAAGUGAUAGAACGGGAUGGCGCGCUAGGAUUUACUGUCCUAUGA